CCACACAGCGCAUCACGGCGUGACCUACCUUUCAGUUCUUUGCACAUCAUGCGGAUAUGCGUGAAGUGAUAGUGUGGCACUUUUCAUUGUCAGUUGUUUGCGUAUCAUGAAAUGAGACGUACUAGUAUAUAUGUCAAACAAACGCAAUAGUAUAGUGAUGUAGUAUCUUGUCAUGAGUAGUUACUAUGUUAAGCUAGCGCCAGACUAUGCGCGUUUUCGCGAACGUGAUGCGUGAUUCGUAUAACGUUCGCGAAUAAUAUGGAGGGAAAAUUCGUCGAUUUGUCAUGCGCGAUUCGUCAUUCGCACUGAUUUGCUAACUGAGCGAUUUUUUGACGAAUCUCAAAGGACACGAAUGGUUACGAAUCAAUCCAUUCGUGUCGCGUUACACUAUGCGUAAUUAGUUCGUGUUUUUUUUUUGAUAGAUUAUUGCAUAAUUAUAAUGAAGAGAGAGACAAUGGAGAGGUGGACAAAUAAUUGCGUGCUUGAACUUAUAGAAGACUUUUCAUUGACAUGGCUUGGUUGUCUGGUCUUGCGGAUAAGGCAGAGAAUUUACUAAAUAAAAUCGACAAGAACACAGCAGCUGUUUUAAAUAAAGAUAAAUAUGAGAUGUCACAAAAUCACUUGUCAACAGAAAUAACAUGGCUUUCUCCGGAACUUGGACAAAAUGGAAGUACAUCUAAAAGACCCUUAUUGGAAUCAUCAGAUCAUAUCCCUUAUAUUACUCCUACUUCAAAAUUAACAUCAGUGAAUCUAUUAAAUGUGACAGCAUCUAAAGAAGAUGUACUAUUUACAUAUUUAAAUACUCCAGAUCCAAGUCCAAAAAAGAUAGCAGAGUCUUUUAAUUUGUCAAAAACUUCAUUAGUAGACCAUCCUACUAAUGAUACAGAUUCAGAAUUAUCAACUCAUAGCGAUCAAAUUAGUCCAAUUCAUACUUCAUUAGAAAUGGUUCCAAAUGCUUUAGAAGAUAAAGAUGCUGAAAAUGAAAAUAUAGGUGCAGAAAAUGAAAAUUUAUGUCUAUCUAGUGAAACACAGAUGUUAAAUUGUGAAUAUUUAACUAAACCAAUAACAGAUGCUCUACAAAAUGAACACAAAACAGAAGAACAUUUGAAUAUUUUUUAUCCUCAACUUAAAUAUAAAAUAAAAUUGAAUAAUUCAAAAGUGGAUAUGUUAGAUAAUUUCACUGAUUCAAUAGAAAAUGAGUCUAUGCAAAAAUAUAUAAGAGAAAUGGAAAGAAAUUUAGAAAAACAAAAUGAGCUUCUUGGGAAACAAGAAACAGAUUAUCAGAAAGAAAUUGUAAUUUUAAAUGAAAUGUUAAAAACUUUAGAAAUAGAAAAGUUACAACAAUCUAAGCAAAUAAUGGAUUUGCAAUUUGUUAUUGACAGAAAUAGACAAGAAUUAAAUUUAAUUAGAUCUGAACUAGAGCAGCAUAAGGCUAGAGCAUUAAAAACUUUACAAGAAAAGGAAAAAUUGAUAAUUGAAUUAAAGAGCAAUGCUCCAAUAGCUAUGGAUGAAGUUACCAUCAUGGAAUUAAAUCAAUUAAAGCAGGAAUGUGACAGUGUUAGAGAAGAAAAUCAGCAGAUGUGUCAACAAUUAAAAACGUUACGUGAAGAAUUAAUAAGUGCAGAUUUGAACUUAGAAAAAAUAAAACAGAAGUCAAUGGAAACAAAUCUGCAAAACCAAGAGAUUCUUACCAAUGAAAGACAUCGAAGAUUAGAAGCGGAAGAAGAUGCAAGACUGCAUUCUGAAGAAAUAAGAUCAUUAAAAGAUAAAUUAAUUAAUCAACAUAAUGAAUUUACUCUACAAUUACAAAAGAAGAAUUCAGAGAUUUCUAGGCUUAAAUUACAGCUAUCUACAUCAGCAAUGCCAAAUAGUGAAAUGGAUUCAAGGAUAGCAUCUCUUACACAAACUUUGGUCAUAAAACAACAAGCAUUGGAAUGUUUAACUACAGAACGAAAUGCAUUACGUCUCCAACUUGAAAAAAUCGAACAUGAAUAUAGGAAUGCUGCAAGUAAUUUACGAAGAAAUAUAUCGUACAAUAAUAUAAACGAUACAGAUGAUGCAAAAGCUCAAGUUCCCACAUUUUUUAUGGAAACACCAUUUGAUACCAGCGUUACCAGAAGAGUAAAAAGAGCUUAUUCUUCAUUGGAUGCUAUAAGUAUUCGAACAGGGGUUUUUUUAAGAAGAUAUCCACUAGCUCGAAUUUUAGUGUUGAUUUAUAUGGGGUUGCUUCAAUUGUGGGUCUUGGUAGUACUUUUAUCUCAAUCACCAGAAGCGCAUUAAUAGCUGAUUAGAAAUUAGCAUCGCAUUUU